AUGGAAACUGCUCGGGUAGCCGCAGAGGCAACUCAGCAAAGACAUCUUGAUGCUCUCUCCCAACUUGAAGCAAACAGAACGUCAGCUGGCCCUUCACAAUUCCCACCUCAUCAGAUCAGAGAAUGGAGUUUGGAGGAUUUUCUGCAACACCAUCCCACCAAGUUUAAUGGAAAAGUCAGUCCUGACGAAGUUGAUCAAUGGAUGAAGGAUAUGGAAAGGGUGUUUGAAGCUAAGAGAUGCCCUGCAGAAAACAGGUUGGCUUAUACUGUUUAUAUGCUCACCGGUGAAGCCGAGCACUGGUGGGCGAGUAUGAAGAUGAUGUUGGAAGAGAAAAGAGAGGAAGUGUCUUGGGAUGUGUUUAAAAAGUGUUUCCUGACAGAAUAUUUCCCAGAUAGUAUCUGGUAUGCUAAGAAAGUUGAAUUUCUCCAAUUGGUACAGGGAAACAUGUCUGUGGCAGAAUAUACAAAAAAAAUUAAACAUUUGGGACGUUUCCAUACCAUAGCUGUUGACGAAGAAUGGAGAUGCCGGAAGUUUGAAAAUGGCCUUAGAGGUGACAUUAAGUUAAUGGUGGUACCUCUAUCUAUUAAGGAUUUCCCUACCUUAGUAGAGAAAGCAAGAGUUAUGGAGAAGCUCAAAGCAGAAGUAGAAGUCCAACAAAGACAAGAACCACAUAGAGUAGGAGGACCAUCUGGGUUCAGAUGUUUUGCAUGUGGCGGACCUCAUUUAAAGAGUAACUGUCCAAGGCUGGGAAAAGGUGGAAAAUGCCAUUCAUGUGGAGUAGAGGGACACUUUGCCAGAGAUUGCCCUUCCGCUAGAAGGGUAGUGAGUCAAUCCCAACAGCCCGCACAACAGAGGAAUAGAGGUGGCAGACCCCAAGCUGUAGGGAGGGUUUAUGCAAUGUCUGGAACAGAAGCAUCUGCUUCAGGUAAUCUUAUUAUCGAUAGUUGUUUGAUAGCUGGUAAAAGCUUGAGUGUUCUAUUUGACUCGGGAGCAACACAUUCUUUUGUGUCUGAGGGUUGUGUUAAAGAGUUAUGUCUGCCUGUGAAAGAGUUACAAUAUGAUCUUAUAGUGUCAACUCCAGCUUCAGGUUUAGUAAAGACGUCAAUGUUGUGUGCCAGAUGCCCAGUGAAUGUAGAGGGGCGUCAAUUUAGAGUCAAUCUCAUUUGUUUGCUGCUACAGAGUUUGGAUGUGAUCUUAGGGAUGGAUUGGUUGGCUGCCAAUCACAUUCUUAUUGAUUGCAGUAAGAAAACCCUAUUGUUUCCUAACUCUGAAGAGUCAGAGUUGUUGUCUUCUCAGCAGGUGUUAAAGGAAAUCAGAGAGGGUUCUCGAUGCUUUGUUAUCUUGACUCAUGUAAAUGUUGAGAAAGAUGAUAAAAGCAUUGGCAUCUCUGUGGUGAGAGAGUUUGAGGAUGUAUUUCCUGAUGAAGUGCCAGGACUACCUCCUCAAAGGGAAGUGGAGUUCUCGAUUGAUCUAGUGCCUGGAGCAGGACCAGUAUCAAUAGCUCCAUACAGAAUGGCUCCAGCUGAGUUGGUAGAGUUGAAGAAACAAAUAGAGGAAUUAUUAGAAAAGCAAUUUAUCUGA